UCCUUUGGUUUCUUCAAAGACACACACACACAGUGAUCAUGGCUUCCAAAAUACAAUUGGUUUCGCUUGUCCUCCUGCAUUUCCUCAUAUUUGGAGCACUUUCCUAUGCUCUUGCUUAUAUGGCUAUGAAACGCAGUAGUGCAACGCUGGUGCUCAUUUCUGAUACGAAAUCUGCCUACUGUGCCUACGCUUAUGAUGAUGCUUCCUGGUUGGGCAUGUUCUCCAGUAUAUCACUCAUGUGUGCUCAAAUGAUUGUCAUGGUUGCAAGCAGUUGUUUUGUUGGGAGGAAUCCGAGUCCUGGUUGUUCUAAGGCAUGGGCAUUUGCCUUCUUCAUUGCUUCAUGGGUUUCAUUCUUCGCUGCAGAGGGAAUCCUUCUUAAAGCUUCCAUUAGAGGAGCCUUUUCGUUUGACUAUGUGACCAUGUUUGGAUACAUGCCAGUUGGUUGCCAGAACAUGAGGAAAAAAAUGUUUGAUGAUGGAACAAUUUAUAUUCUGUUUACUUGCGUAACCUCCCAGAUCUACCAUUUGACAUAUUGGAAAGCCCAACAUAAUGUCUAGUGGCAAUGUCACAAUCAUAGUGGAUAUUGAGAUUAAAGAAAAAUCAAAUACAAUGUCAGGGGCUAGCUCAGGGCUUAGAUGAUGCAAUAGAUUUACUACAAUCCUACUAUAGGCUUCAUAUUUUUCCAUCCAGAAUAUUCAAAAACCAUUGUAAAUUCUGGCUUUAAAAAUCAUAUACAAUAUCUGGGCUUAGAUGGUACAAUGGGUUUACUACAAUACUAAUAUAGGCUUCUUCUUUUUUGUCCAUUAUUCUCAAAAACCAAUUUAA